AUGCCAUCACGCAACAUCCAAGAAUACAUCAACGGCUUAAUUAACAAAUCAACCACCUUUUACCUUGAUUUAAAUAAUGGUUCACUCCAAAAAGCCGAACACUAUAAUUGUCGGAAUUGUAAUCAACGACUACAAGGUAAAUUAUGCUGUGCUAAUUGUAGCCAAAAAGAAGUUAAAUUAACCGGAGAAAUUACCGAUUUAAAAGAAUUUUCUAAUUUAAGGGGAAUAAAUGCUUCGAAUAACAAAUUUGAAAACUUAAACUUUUUAGAUACUUUACCCAAUAAAGAUAAAUUAAAAUCUCUCAAUUUGUUCGGUAAUCAGUUAAAAGAGAUAGAUUUUGCCGAAUUAUUUACUAAUUUUUCUAAUUUAGAGAAAAUAAAUCUGGAAAAUAAUCCCUUAUCCGCGAAAAACUUGGAUAAUUUAACUAGCGAGCAAUUUGCAAAACUGGUAAAGGGGAUAAAAGAUAAAAAGAUUAGAGUUAAUUCUUUUAAAGGAACUGUCUUAAUGGAUUUAUUGGAUUAUGCUCAAAAAUUAGUUAAAAGUGGAGAUAGUUCUCAACAGCAACAGGCUUAUCAAUUACAAGCCAUUUUGCAAAACAACCCAAUUAAAAACGAACCACAACUCAACAAUUCUAAACUUCCUUGGGUAAUUGGCGGGGUGGCAGCGAUUAGUUUAGCAGUUAUAGUUGGUUAUUUUAACGAUGAAUGGAUCGAUGAAGAAGAUAGAAUUGAAUUUAUUGUAGCAGACGAAAAUAUCAAAACAACUUCGACCGUGGAGGAAACAAUUUUAACGGAAGAGGAAAAAACUGGCCAAUCUAAAACUUCUUUCAGAAAAAUAGUUGGCAGAAAUCUUGGGUUCGUUCAGCACAAAAAAUACGAAUUAAAAAAAGAAGAAAACGAGGAGUUAAAUUUAAAACUACUAGCUAGUCAUAUAAAAGAAAUGGAUUUGGUGACUGAUAUUGUUAAAUAUUACAACCUUGCUGAAGAGAAUAAAGAAAAAUUAAAAACAAUUCGUCAAGCCCAUGAUGCCUUAGCAACAGAAAAUAGCCAAGUAAAAGCUCAACUGACCGAAGGAAAAAAUCUAAUAAACUCGCAAGCAACCGAGACAAAUGACUUAAAAGGACAGAUAGUUAACUUACGAGAAGAAAACGAUGUCUCCCAGGAACAAUUAACGACCGAAUUAGGAAAAAAAGACCAAAGAAUUAAAGAUUUACAAGCCCAGAUUGCCCAGUUAGAAAGAAAAAGAAGUCCGGACUCCACAAAAAAUGAAGCAGAAGCUCAAACCAAUUCAGGUGACCUUAGAGUUUUACAAACUGAAUUAAAACGAUAUAAAGAAAGUUAUGAAAAUCUCACUAAAACCAAUAAAAAUUUAAAUUCCCUUCAUGAGGAGGCAAAAAAAAAGAAACAAGAAGAAGAAAUUAAACAUAAUGAGACCCAAAAUGAAAAUUUAUUAUUGAAGGCCGAGAUUCAUAAUUUAAAAACUGAACUAGCUAAAUUAGCGAAUCAAUUGAAAAAUUCUGCUAAUAAUGAAACUGAGACUUUUAAGUUGUUAAAAGAAUUCGAAGCAGAACUCGAUCAUUGA